AUGCUGAUGAGGCUACGACCCGGACCACUGCUCGGCGUGCUUCUGCUCAUUGCUCUUCCGUUCGUUUGGAUUCUGCUCAAUGGCCAGAGAACAGCUCCAAGCAUACAGGAAUGCCGGCUGUUGGUGCCGAUCACGGUAGACGAAAUCGAAGGUGACAAAGGUUCACCGCUGGAAAAAAUAUCCUGUACUGUUGAUAAUGUGAAAACGUAUCGAUGCUAUCAGGAUGAAGCUACGGAUGAGGUGUAUUUCCCGUUCAAUGCUUUUCUUAAGAAACGUUUUGAUGUCUCAGGGAAGCUGAUCAAAGGACCAAAUACACUGCUAAAUCAUUUCGAAUGGUCGACAUCGCAUGCCAGAGUUCGUUUGCCAAAUUUCACCGCCUACGACUAUCGUGGAGUGUUUGGCCAUUUUGCGUCGUACAGUGUGGAAACCAGGGAUCGUGUACGUUGCAUUAGUGCUCAAUAUGGAUUGCCAAUGUCUACGCAGUGGUCGCCCGUUCCGUAUUUUUAUCCGAUCCAAAUUGCACAGUAUGCGUUACAACACUACAGCCGUUUUAAAACAGUUUUACCAGCAAUAUCUUUGACGAAAGGAGCAACGUUGAAAGAGUGGAAAGACGCUGCUGGAGGGCACGAUGGCAUAAAACUGCUGCACGAUGAGGAAACUAAUGCAACAUACACCAAAAUUAACGCAGCUGGUUUAUUUUUUAGAAUUCAAAUCCAUUUUUUGCGUUCAAAGCUGGUGGGGCAUGAAGCGGUAGUAAGUAGCGUUGUUUUCGUGGUGUAA